AUGGCUGGCUGUGACACUCCACAGUACCUGGCUGUGCAGAAGAAUCAAGAUAUACUAGAAAGAGCUUUAAUGGGAGCUGGAGCAGAAAAAGGUUUGCUGACACAAUAUAAAAGUCAUGGAUGGGUUGACCAACUUGCCAAUAUGAAAGCUGAUGAGCUAAUUACAAACGCCCUGACCAAAAUUGAAAUCAAAGUCGAGAAUUAUGACGUGUUUAUUGAAAUGCUGCGGAAAAUUAAAGGCAUCAAAGAUGUUGUGGACAUGAUCAUAGAACAGUGCCCAUUAAAGUCUGCAAAAGAUCAAACUUUUGCUACACCCCCUUUCACUAACCAAGCUCAGCUACAAGAUGCUGUAAAAUCAAUGAUGGAGGAGCACUUGAAUCUAUACCCCUGUGAUUAUUGUGGGCGGCAGUUUGCUGAUUACUCGGAAUGCCUAGUUCAUCAGGAACUUCAAUGUCCCUCUGCACCUCCCACCUGUGAUCAUGCUGGUUGUGAUGUGGGUUCAUGCAAUCAGAAAGAAACUGUGGCUGUUAAUGCACCUCAAGCAAGUGGAGCCAACUCUGAUACUUUGGAUAUCCAAGGCCAGAAUGAAUCUGGUGUGAUCAAGGAAGACUAUGGGCAAGCUGCAACAGGCACAACCUUUGCUGAUAGCCCAGGUCUAGCCAUUCUGGUAGCCUGUGACUACCAGGGAAAUGACACCAAGGAGACACUGCUGGGAACCGGAGAAGACACCAGAGAAAUGAGAGAAACUUUCAACCGACUCGGCUACUUAAUUCGCGAACUGCAGAAUCCAACCAAGGAGAAAUGA